UGUGUGUGUGUGUGUGUGUGUAUGUGUGUGUGUGUGUCCAGUGCUGAGGGCACGGAUACAGACUCGGAUCUGUCCCCAGGAUCUCCAGCCAGUCACAGUCUUUCUUCUCCACAAAACGUCCUCUUUACUGGAGCCAUGCUGGCUGGACAGGGUGCCCCAUUAGUAAAGUCUCUGCUCGCUGUACUGGGCCUCAUUACCAGCGUAUGGAGCCUCAACCCAGAAGACCCCAACGUCUGCAGCCACUGGGAGAGCUAUGCAGUGACCGUCCAAGAGUCGUACGCCCACCCCUUUGACCAGAUCUACUACACCAGGUGCACGGACAUCCUCAACUGGUUCAAAUGCACCAGACACAGGUGUGAGAGCAUUUGGCGAUCACAGUGCUGUCCUGGAUACUUUGAGAGCGGCGACCUGUGUGUCCCUCUGUGCACGGAGGAGUGUGCGCACGGCCGCUGUGUGUCUCCGGAUACGUGUCAGUGUGAGCCUGGCUGGGGAGGUCUGGACUGCUCCAGUGGCUGUGAGCCUGGCUACUGGGGUCCUCACUGCAGUAACCGGUGCCAGUGUAAAAACGGCGCCCUGUGCAACCCCAUCACCGGGGCGUGCGUGUGCACAGACGGCUACCAGGGCUGGCGCUGUGAGGACCAGUGUGAGCCCGGCUACUAUGGGAAGGGCUGCCAGCUGCCCUGCCAGUGCCUCAACGGCGCCACCUGCCUCCACGAAACCGGAGAAUGCAUCUGCGCUCCAGGAUACACCAGCGCUUUCUGUGGAGAGCGGUGUCCCUCUGGCAGCCAUGGGCCACAGUGUGAGCAGCGCUGUCCCUGUCAGAAUGGAGGAACCUGCCACCACAUCACCGGAGAGUGCUCCUGCCCCGCCGGCUGGACGGGUUCCGUGUGUGCCCAGCCGUGCCCGUUUGGCAAGUACGGCAUCAAUUGUGCCAAGGAAUGUUCGUGCCGCAAUGGCGGGCUAUGUGACCACAUCACGGGCCAGUGCGAAUGCAUGGCAGGCUACAGCGGUAGCAGGUGCCAAGAGGAAUGCCCAGUUGGCACCUACGGUCCCCAGUGUGGCCUGCACUGCGACUGCCAGAACGGUGCCAAGUGCUACCACAUCAACGGUGCCUGCCUGUGCGAUACCGGCUUCAAAGGGCCGCACUGCCAGGACCGGUUCUGCCCGCCGGGACUCUACGGGCUCAUCUGCGAUAAGUACUGCCCCUGCAACACCACCAACACCAUCAGCUGCCACCCACUGUCCGGUGAGUGUUCUUGUGCCGCUGGGUGGACUGGCCUCUACUGCAACGAGACCUGCCCUCCCGGUUACCAUGGCGAGGACUGCAACGACCCGUGCCAGUGCGCCAACGGGGCGGACUGCCACGGCAUCACCGGCGCCUGCAUCUGCGCUCCUGGAUACAUGGGAGAUGACUGCUCCCAGACCUGCUACCCGGGGCUGUAUGGGACCAAUUGCUCGUCUGUCUGCUCCUGUCACAACAUGGCCACCUGCUCGCCUGUGGACGGAUCCUGCAUCUGCCGAGAAGGUUGGCAGGGUGUGGACUGCUCAAUGCCAUGCUCCAGUGGCACCUGGGGCCUGGGCUGUGUCCAGUCGUGUCACUGUGCCAACGGGGCGGCCUGCGACCCGCUGGACGGUGUCUGUACCUGCUCCCCCGGCUGGAGAGGACAACGCUGCGAUGAGCCCUGUCCGGUGGGGACCUACGGCCUGGAGUGUCGCGAGCGCUGCGACUGUAACCAUGCCGACGGCUGUGACGCUGUGAGCGGCCACUGCCGCUGUCUGGCGGGCUGGACAGGGAUUCACUGUGACAGUGUAUGUCCUCAAGGCUUCUGGGGUCCCAACUGCUCCUACACGUGCUCCUGCCAAAAUGGCGGCUCCUGCUCGCCGGAGGACGGGACCUGCGUCUGCGCACCGGGGUACCGCGGGACGUCCUGCAAGAGAAUCUGCUCCCCUGGGUUCUAUGGUCACCGCUGUAGCCAGUCAUGCCCACAGUGUGUGCACAGCACCGGACCGUGCCACCACGUCACGGGGCACUGUGAAUGUCUGUCCGGCUUCUUCGGCUCUCUGUGCAACCAAGUGUGCCCCAGUGGUCGCUAUGGUAAGGCCUGUGCUGAGGUGUGUCUCUGCACCAACAACGGCACCUGCAACCCCAUCGAUGGCUCCUGCCAGUGCUACCCCGGCUGGAUCGGAGAGGACUGCUCACAGGCCUGCCCCGCGGGACAUUGGGGGCCGGACUGCCUGAACUCCUGCAACUGCCACAACGGGGCCCAGUGCAGCGCAUACGACGGAGAGUGUAGGUGUGGCCACGGAUGGACUGGCCUCUACUGCACACAGCGCUGUCCAUCAGGUUUCUACGGGCGGGACUGUGCGGAGGUGUGCCGCUGUCAGAAUGGAGCGGAUUGUGACCACAUCGGUGGUCAGUGUGCCUGUCGCACCGGAUUCAUCGGCGGCAGCUGCGAGCAGAAAUGUCCUGCGGGGACCUUUGGCUAUGGCUGUCAGCUGCUGUGUGAGUGUAUGAACAAUGCCACCUGCGACUACGUCACCGGAACCUGCUACUGCAGCCCUGGCUACAAAGGCAUCCGGUGUGACCAGGCAGCUCUGGUGAUGGAGGAGCUGAACCCCUACACUAAGAUCAGUCCAGCCCUGGGCUCGGAGCGCCAGUCGGCGGGCGCAGUGAUGGGCAUCAUCUUCCUGCUGCUGAUCAUCAUGGCCAUGCUGAGCGUGUUCGUGUGGUACCGGCAGCGACAGCGGGACAAGGCUCAGGACAUGCCCAGUGUCUCAUACACGCCGGCCCUGCGCGUGGCCAACACAGACUACUCCCUCUCAGACACGUCUCAGAGCAGCAGUAACAGCCAGUGUUUCUCCAACCCCAGCUACCACACUGUGGCCCAGUGCAGUGUCUCUUCGUCUAUCUCCAACAACAUGGACGGCACACUCACCCUCAAGAAGGCGGACGGGAACAGCACAGAGUGGAGGGCUUACUGUAACCUGAAUGACCUUGGUGUACAGCGAGGGGACACUAUGACAUUGAGGGACAACAAAAGCACCAGGAUUGCUAAAGACUACAUGAAGCCGGCCCUGUGCGGCAACAGCUCGUGCUCUUUGAACAGCGAAAACCCGUACGCCACGAUCCGCGACCCGCCGGGGCUGGCCUGCAAGCACACCGAGAGCAGCUACGUGGAGAUGAAGUCCCCUGGACACCACCAGCUGCCCUUCUGCUCCCCCUCCGCCAGCUCCACCACCACCAGGAACGUCUACGACGUCGAGCCUACUGUGAGUGUCCUGCAGGGUCCUAACGGCCUGGCCACUGGCUUUUCCCAGAGUCCCUACGACAUGCCGCGCAAUAGCCACAUCCCCAGCCACUACGACAUCCUGCCCAUGCGUCACAGCCCCACGCACACACCCCCACCCCCCGAGAGCCCCCCCAGCUCACUGCUGUAGGGCCAGAGCCAGGAGGCGCCAGGGGGGCUCGCCAGGGCAACAGAAUCCUUGUGCAGGGUGGAUGGACCUCCACAGGUGCCCAAGGCCUUCCCCUCCUCUCUCUGUCUCUCUCUAUCACUCUUUUUCUUUCUUCCUAUCUGUUUCUUUAUCACUCUGAACCUCCCCCUCCUUUCAUCCCUUUGUCUCUCGCCCUCCCAGCGUCAUCAGGAGUUUUCUAUCAGAAGCUGGAUGGGAAGGUCUUAUUCUUUAUUUCCUGUUGAAUUUAGUUUAGUUUUGGUUUCCCCUUUCAACAGUCACCCCUGACAGACUUGAGUAAACACUAAGAAAAUACAGGCAACAGCCAAAUUCAGAGACAGAGAGAGAGAGAUGGAGAGAGAGAGACACUCUUUGACACCAGCGAUUCUUCACCCCUCUCCUCCUUCCCAUCGCAGUUUAACACACUCACUUGUCCUCAAGUCCUGCACCAGGACUCCCUCACACACACACACCCAGCACCACUGCGUGCCUGUGGAGAGUGGUAUAUACUGUAUAUAAAUAUAGGUGUACAAGGCUGCAGAACCAGUGGUCUAAUGUACAUAGUUUUUCUAUACAUUCAUCUGUGACGCCACGCAAUGGAUGCGGAAGAAACAGGAAUCCUAAAUGGACAUUCAACAGGGAAGAAGCUCAGGAAUACCUUAAAAAACACGAGGCACCAUGGGAAAUGUUCCGGUACAUUCUACGCUGACUGAGCAUAGAUGUGAUAUCAGGCUUAAGUCACAUGGAUUGGGGGACAGCCUUGACCAGAAGAGGGGUCAAAGUGCAACACCCACCUGUGACAUACAGGCAGCCAUGUUGGUUUUUGUUGUGUUUUUCCCUCUUGUGAAGAAGGGAACGUAAACCUUUAGAGAUAAAGCAUGAGUAGACAGACAUAGAGCUGGUGUGAAAUGAUCGUUUAAAAAAAAAAAAAAGAUGAUGGGUUUUGUUUGUUUUGUUUUUGUAUACAUGUUUUGAUCUUUUUUUAUCUGUUACAUGUUUUGGUUGGAGCAGGGUUUUUUUGUUAUGUUUUGUAUUUGCGUAUUAAUGAUGCAUCUUAUUUAUAUUUAUGAAUUCUCAGCAGUAUUGUUGAAUAUUGUUUUUCUUCAGAUGUUACUGUGAAAGAUAAAAAAGCAAGCAUGAUCAAAACAUAUGGAUACAAAAUGUAGAUAAUCAAGUUAAAUAUUCUAUUCAUGUGGUCAAUGCCCAUUGAUAUUAAAAAUAAAAAACAAACAAAAAAACAAUGAAAAAAAUAAGAUAAUGUGUAUUAGCUCACGUCCAUGUAAAAGGCAUUAUUGGAAGGAAAACAUCUCAUCAUCUCCGGGGGUCAGGGGUCAUAAACAUGUCUACGUGUGGCAUGUCACCUGCUGCUUGUGAUUUUUAGGAGGUUCUCUUUUGGUUGUUCAGCUUCACUUGUGUCCAUUUUGGCUCCAUUGUGUUUUCACAGUGCAGCGGUUUUCACCCUGUCUAUCCCCAGAAGCAAUAACAUUCUGACAAUCACACAUCCAGGAAAUGAUUCAGAUUGCACCUCCACGCCAGAGGACUGAUGACUGUGUACAGGCCAGCCAUCUUAGCUUCACAGUUUUCCAAAUUUUGGAAAUGUUGCCAUUUCAAUGCUACUUGAUGUUUUCUUAUUUAUAAAAAAUACAAAAUAAACAUUUAUGUGGGAAUAACA